AUGAGACUAUCAUCAUGUCAGCCGGUCACAACACUCUCGGCCGCUCUCCUUCUUCUCCUAUCCCUGUUCGUCCCGCUUUCUUGCGCAUCAGCCACAAACUCGACCUCGACCUCGACCUCCCCCAAACGCGGCCUCUGCUACAUCGCGACCUUCCAUUCAGCCGCGGACUCGCACAUCUUCACCGCGCCCAAGUCGCCCCUGACCUGGUACUACAACUACAGUCCCUGGCCGGGACCCUCGAGCUCCAUGUCCCAGUGGAGCACCGAGUUCGUGCCCAUGGUCCACUCUGCCAGUGACGCCGCGGUGUCCGUCAACACCAUCAAGUCCAUCCUCAACGGCAGCGCGGGGAUCCCCAUUGCAAACCCUAUCGGGAAGCCCGGUGCUGGGAGGAACAGAAUCACCCACAUCCUGACCUUCAACGAGCCCGACGGCGACACCUCGUCCGGCGGAUCCAACGCGACCCCCGAACACGCCGCCCAGGUGUACGUCGACACGAUCCUGCCGCUGCGCCAGGCGCCAUGGCACCUCGAGGUGUCUCUGCCUGCAACAACAGGCUCGCCGCAGGGGCUCGACUGGCUGCGGUCGUUCAACGCGUCGUGCUUCAAGCUCCAGCCCGCGGGCGGCUGCGCGUUCGACUUCAUCGCCGCACACUGGUACGGCGACUUCGCCGGCAUGGCCUCGUGGCUGGGCACCCUGCACGGCAUGUACCCAUCAAAACCCAUCUGGGUCACCGAGUUCGCCAUCCCCAAGGCCUCGGCGGCGGCGACGCGGGCCUUUUUCAACCAGUCCCUCCCGUACCUGGACGGCCAGGGUUCCGUGGCGCGGUACGCCUGGUUCGGCGCGUUCCGGAGCGGCGGCGACGCCAACGAGUGGACCGGCGACGCCGUGAGCCUGUUCGACGGCAACGGCAAGCUGACGUACCUGGGCGCCGAGUAUCUAGGCGGCGAGAAGAACGGCUUCCACCAGGGCGAGCGGGCGAGCAGUAAUGCUGGCUUUUCCGCGAUCAAGCACAAGCCGUGGAGUAGUAUUUGGCCGUCGCUGGCCUUUUCAUUCGCGACGACCAUCGGUUGGCUGGUUUGA